GACGUAGUGAUCAGCAUGGCAACGGCUCGAAGUACCCAUUACACGGCUUGCGUAAACUGCGCAAAGAAACGUGGAGCUUUAAUCAUGAUUAGUUGAGAGCGAACAAAUGUUAAAUAGGCCGUUGGACUUUCACAACUAGUCAAAAGCCAUCCCAAACCUCCCCAACUACAUCUUGAUACAAGCACUUUCAACAUGGCGUUGACGGAUAAACCCACCCUGCUCGAGCGCGUCUUCGCCGCAAAAGACACCUCGGAAUCUCGCGCUUUGUACAAUGAAUGGGCGGCGACCUACAACCCAGACAUGACAUUGAGCGAAUAUGUGGCUCCACGAUUGGUUGCUGAAGGAGUUGUCCGUGCACUGAAACUCAAGGAUGUGUCUCCCAAUAAGCCCUUAGAGGGCCUCCGCAUCGUCGACGCUGGCUGCGGUACCGGCUUAGUUGGUAUUGAACUUGCAAAGUUGGGCGCAAAAGGCACGGUGGGCCUGGAUAUCAGUGAGGGUAUGUUGGGUCUUGCGCGGAAAACGGACGCGUAUGGAGAUUUGAAGGUUACGGAUCUCACCAAACGGAUUGACGCUGCCGACGGUGCAUUUGACGCGUUGACUUGUAGUGGGACCUUCACGCAAGCUCACCUUGGGCCUGAGCCGCUAGUAGAGUUUGUCAGAGUUGUCAAACCUGGUGGUGUGGCAGUGGCCACGGUGCUAGACACCCAUUGGGUAGAGAAGGGAUUUGAAGCUACAGUUGAGCGUUUGGCAAAGGAGGGUAAAGUUGAAGUUGUAGAGAAAGAGUCGGGCCCGUAUCGGAAAGGUGUCAGUGGAGCCAGAGUUUUGAUUCUGAGAAUAUUAUAGGUUAACAGCGUUAAGGUUACGCUACCGCAAGAAAAAAGGGUCAAGAAAAGACAUUCAGUUACCCAGACUCCCUGACGUUAAGAUUGUCACUCGAAAUGCGGGAACUUGCGAGUUCCCUUGACUUGCCAAGUUGUGAGUCGACGUCACCUUGCUGACACGUAGAGAGGAGCCAAUCAAUCGUAAGCUAGAUUCAAACCCCUG